GCCUUGCAGUUUAUUGCUAGACAAUAAAAGCUCGGUGGACCUUUUCGGGUGAGGUGCAUUUGACCGCGCACACUUUUCUGUUUGGAGAUAGACAUAAAGAAGGCUCCAUUUCGGUUGCCAUUUGAUCAGGCUUCUUUGGUUUGGCAGUAGACUUAAAUGGAGGGGGCUAAAUGCAAUCCAGCUCCUUGUACAAGGGCCUCCAUGGUUAAUCAGUGAAAGGAAUCUGAAUGCUUGAGAUAUGGAAAUAGCAAUUAUUGCAUUGAUUUUGGCUGUCUUACUUGGAGCUUUUAUUUUGGUACCCCGACAUGGUAAAUUAGCUCAUAAGAACAAGGUUAAAUCGACUGUUGCCAAUUCUAAGGCAUCCUAUAGUAAAACAGAAGUUAUGCUACAUAAUAAGAGGACAGAUUGUUGGAUUAUCAUUAAGGACAAGGUUUAUGAUGUUACCUCAUAUGUAGAGGAACACCCUGGUGGUGAUGCCAUCUUGGCACAUGCCGGAGAUGAUUCAACCGAAGGGUUUUAUGGGCCACAACACGCAACUCGGGUGUUUGACAUGAUCGAUGACUUCUACAUCGGAGAUCUUCAGAAGUAAUCUCCAAGCAACUAUCCACUAUUGGGUUUUGUAAGGUUAGGGUGAAAACACUUCUGAGAAUAUCUUUCUGUUAGCCCUACUUCAACAUCGGUAUGUGCUUUGCACAUUUAGUUCCUUUUGUAGAAGAACUAUUUGGUAGUAAUUGAAUCCAUGUGUUUAAUUUUUUAUUUUCUUCA